AUGGGUGAGCCGAAGGCUCCGCCCGGCUACCCGGACGAAGAGUUCCACCAGAGCCUGCGGCCCCGGGACUUCGGGGAGUACGUGGGCCAGGGCGCGGUGCUCGAACAACUCGAGAUCAGCGUCAGCGCCGCCCGGGCCCGGGGCGAGGCCCUCGAUCACGUGCUCCUGCACGGGCCUCCGGGACUCGGCAAGACCUCGCUGGCCGCGGUGCUCGCCCGGGAACUCGAUGUUCCCAUGCACACUUCAGCAGGACCGCUCGUACCCCGUACCGGCGACAUGGUCGCGCUGCUCAACUCGCUGGCGCGCAACGAGAUCCUGUUCAUUGACGAGAUCCAUCGUCUCGCUCCCGCCGUCGCCGAAGUCCUCUACCCGGCGAUGGAGGACCACUACGUGGACAUCAUGGUGGGCGAGAAGCUGGGAGCUCACAGCCUCCGAAUCGAUUUGCCGCCCUUCACGCUGAUUGGAGCUACUACCCGCGCCGACCUGCUGACCGGCCCCCUCCGGGAUCGAUUUCCGCUCGUCCACCAGCUCGAGUUCUAUUCCAUCGCGGAGGUGGAGACGGUUCUGGCGCGCUCCGCGCGGGUUCUGAGGGUACACCUGGACCCGGACGCCGGAGGAGAAAUCGCAUCCCGGGCGCGUGGAACGCCCCGGGUCGCCAACAACCUGCUGCGCCGGGUGCGGGAUUACGCCGAAGUGCGCAGCGAUGGGACGAUUCGCCGGGAUACGGCGCUCGCGCUGCUCGAGAUUGCGCAGGUGGAUGGGCAGGGGCUGGACCGCUUCGACCGCAAGAUUCUGGAGAGCCUGCUCGACAACUUUUCCGGCGGGCCGGUGGGGGUGGCCAACCUCGCCGCCACCCUCGGCAUGGACAACCGAACCCUGGAAGAGGUGCACGAGCCGUAUCUCAUCUACCGCGGCUUCCUGCGGCGCACGGGAAAGGGACGCAUGAUCACCGAUCGGGGCGCACGGCAUCUGGGGCGCGCGGCAUCGGGAACGCUCUUUCCCGGUUCGCCGGUCCCCAAGCCGUGA